AUGCAUUUUGGAAAAAGAGAAAUCCAAGAUAUGAAUCGUCAAUUUAUGAGUUUUGGUAAAAGAAAUUUAGAUCAAUUUAAUCGUCAUUUCUUAAAUUUUGGAAAAAGGGAAGAUGAAUUUGAUAGAAAUUUUAUGCAUUUUGGAAAAAGAUAUUAUCCAACAAAUUAUAUGAAACCAGCAAAAAAAGAUUUUGAUCGUGAAUUUAUGCAUUUUGGAAAGCGUGCUGAUCAAUUUGGUAGACAAUUUAUGCUAUUUGGAAAAUGA